CAAAUUUUGGCUGUUUUUCUCUCAUCUGUUGGGUCCACCAACUCAGAAUGCUACUGCACAUCCUGUGUCCACUGUGGGCUUCGUUUGUCAUUUUUCAACAAGGCAGGUCUGUGCAAUGUAAGGAGCUGAAGUUCCCCAGCAGGGCAGUCAAGCCGCCCUCUCCCUCUGACUUUUUGGACAAACUGAUGGGACGCACAUCUGGCUAUGAUGCUCGCAUCAGACCAAAUUUCAAAGGUUCUCCUGUCAACGUGACCUGUAACAUCUUCAUCAACAGCUUUGGAUCCAUCACUGAAACAACUAUGGACUAUCGGCUCAAUGUAUUUCUACGGCAGCAGUGGAAUGACCCUCGACUAGCAUAUAAGGAGUACCCUGAUGACUCUCUGGACUUGGACCCCUCAAUGUUGGACUCCAUUUGGAAACCUGACUUAUUCUUUGCAAAUGAAAAGGGAGCAAACUUUCACGAGGUUACAACAGACAACAAACUGCUGCGGAUCUUCCAGAACGGAAAUGUCCUCUACAGCAUCAGACUGACACUCACGCUUUCCUGUCCCAUGGAUUUGAAAAACUUCCCCAUGGACAGCCAGACGUGCACCAUGCAGCUUGAAAGCUUUGGUUACACCAUGAAUGACCUGAUUUUUGAAUGGCUGGAUGUGGGAGCAGUGCAAGUUGCUGAUGAUCUAAUGCUCCCUCAGUUUGUGCUAAAAGAGGAGAAAGGUCUUGGUUACUGCACCAAGCACUACAACACAGGUAAAUUCACCUGCAUUGAAGUCAAAUUCUACCUAGAGCGCCAAAUGGGCUACUACCUGAUCCAGAUGUACAUACCGAGCCUGCUGACUGUCAUCCUGUCUUGGGUGUCGUUCUGGAUCAACAUGGAUGCAGCUCCCGCAAGGGUGGGAUUGGGAAUCACUACUGUGCUCACCAUGACAACACAGAGCUCUGGCUCCAGGGCCUCCCUGCCAAAGGUAUCCUAUGUCAAAGCCAUAGACAUCUGGAUGGCGGUGUGUCUUCUGUUUGUGUUUGCUGCACUACUGGAGUAUGCAGCCGUCAACUUUGUUUCACGCCAGCACAAGGAGUUCUUCAGAAUGAAAAAGAAACUCAAAGAGCAGCAGCAGCAGCAGAGAACUGGGACCGGUGACAGUAAGGUGAAAGGAAACAACAUGUCAGGGAACAAUGCUCCUCAUGGGAAUGCAUCCCAGCAGUGCAAUGCCUGUGCCAGGGAGGAGGAGCUGGCACAGCAGGGUUUUCUGCUCCAGAGUAUUGGACUAGCACUGUCCUCUCAGGAAAUGGAUGCAACACCCAUUUUUGCUGAUCUACCUCCUGGUUUGGGUUUCUAUGAGAUACGGAGGCGUUUUGUGGAUCGGGCCAAAAGGAUUGAUACCAUCUCCCGAGCUGUUUUUCCCAUGAGCUUCCUGAUGUUUAACGUCCUUUAUUGGGUUACCUAUAAAGUUCUGCGACAUGAAGACGUCCAAGGAAUACUGUGACAGACUGAGGACCAUGAACAAGUUGGCUACUUCCUUCACUGAGUCCUCAGUUGAGUCAUGCAAGAUGUGUUUUGACUGCAUUUUCAGUGCCACUGAGCAAUUCUGUGACCUGGAAGAGUCCAGCGGUUUCUUUACAUUUUGAAUAACAAAAUGCACUUUUUAUUAGCACUUAUGCAUUUUCACAUUAGGUUACUGUGUGCAUUUACAGUUCCAUCAAGUCAAAGUUCUAUAGAGGAAAAUCUGUGCGUGCAGUUGCUGUAGCCUCACAUGUACUCAGACUGCACCUUUACUUUUUUACUGUGCACGAAUUUUACAGUGGGCAUUGUGCAAAAACACGUGUCUGCAGUAUCAUUGAAAACAUGUACUUGUUAUUCACCGUAACUGUGAUUCAAAGGAAUCAAGAGUCUGAUUGCAGGCUGCAAAUAUUAUGGAAUAUGAAUUUAUAUGAUAUUAGGUUUCCUGCUGAAGGAGCUCAAUCUGUAAUAAAGACUUGAAUAUCCUGUUUGAGAAAUAUGUUUGCUUGAAAAAUACUUUGAUCUCUUUGAAUUAGUAAUAUUCAUCUCAACCAUCUGAACCUUUAGUUUCAUAUCUGCAUACUGGCCAGAUGUUGAUAUUAUUAAUAUUUUAUCAGGAACAAGAGUAACGUUAUGUAAAUGCAAUUAAGGUAAAAAAUAUAGUAUUAUUAGAAACGAACAACUUCCAGAGAGCACUGUACUAUUCCAAAUAGUUUCUAUUCAUACGGUAUUAAACACAGAGAAAUAAUCAUUAACUACAGUGAGGAAAUAAUGUUUCAGUUUUUCAGAACCUGGCUUAUUUGGUUGUCAGAAUAGCUUUUUAAGCUGCACACAUCUGGUACUGAGUUCUCCUAAGGGCUUGCAGAAAGUGUGUUUUACUGGUGUUUAACAAAGCCCACCUAAAUUACACAGUAGGAGUACACUCUGUCUCUUCUUAUCGAAUAAUCUCUGGAACACGUUGUUGGUACAGCUAAAAUAAAUACAGUUCGAAAAGUAGCGCAAAACCUUCACUCUUGACCCCAUGGGAGGAGCUAGAGGUGACCAUAGCCACAUCGGAACAAAGCCUGACCACCCAACACAACCAAUGGUGAUGCAUUAGAGCACUACGCAAACACUACUAUUUUACUAGAAGAACAUUUUAUGUGGGACAAUUUCUCAAUAGUGUAUUUUUACAGUACUCAUAUAAAUGUACAUUUUUUCUACACUUAAACAAUUCCAGAUCUGGUUUACAGUGAAUGCAAAGUAUAAUCUAGACUUAGCAUAAAGAUCCUCUGCAAUCCUAAUAAACCUCGACAGUCUCAACCUUGUCAUUGUAUUAGAAAUGGUCUGUUUCUGCCACCGUUUUGCCACCAGGGAUCCAGUCCCUCAUUUUAUUGCUAUUGUUAGGGUCCACGUUCCCCUUUAAAAAGGAGGGUCUGCUUAAAUCAAUAGAAACUUGUUCUGAGCGAUCACUUUCAUUCUGUGAUGACGUAUUUCUUUCCUGAUGGGAGUGUUGUCUUACAGGAUGACAACACAUCCAUCCAUAGGGCACAAACAGUCACUGAAGGGUUUGAUGAACAUCCACAGUAAUGGGAAUUGUAUGUUAUGGUGUUUUGCAUUCCCUAAUUUUGAACCAUCAGGGCUCAACACCAGCCAUCAUCCAAACACUUAAUGAGGGUCUAUUAUCCCCACUGUACAGUUCUAGAGACUUUGAGAAUCAAUGCCAAGGCACAGUGAAGCUGUUCUGAUGGGACACUGUGCUCCAUGUCCCAUUGCUGUUGUUUCUCACCUAUCUGCAAUUUAAUGUGAAAUUCUAAAGUUAUUAUAGUGUUACCUUUCACUGUUUAAUGACAGAUGCAAAAAGUUUGGUUCAUUCAGACAACAUUCAAUUAAGUUGAAUGUUUGCUUAAUAGAGCUGACAUUUUAUUUCAAAAACUAUCAGAUCUAUCUCACAAAUGCUAAACUGCAUUUCAUUACAUUUGUCUUCCAUCUGAUGCCCGAGUCAGUCUUCAUUAUGUUUGCAAAUGAUAAAUAAGCCAUGCAAUAAAUACCUUUUGAGCAAUAACUUGUUCAGUACAUCACAUGAAUUUUGUUCUUAAGGUAUUGCUAGGUUAACAUUUCUAGUCCAUCACAUGGUUUUAGCUUUUUAUAAAAUCAAGUUAUCACAUGAAUUAUUCAUUUUAAAAAGUAGAAAAAGGGCAAACAU